UUCCUCCUCCCUGUGGUUCUUUCUUCUUGUCUCGAGUAAUCCUCUUGUCAUUUAUCCUAUCUUUGGCCGGAGUCAGCCGGUUGGACUAACGAAUGUCGUGUUUACAUUUUUUUUUUCUUCGGGGCGUUUUUGUCACCUGCAGGCAGUUGACAGCCGGCAUAACAGGAUACUGGAGCCGUGAAUGAGCAUCACCGUGAGGCGUCAGAGACACAAACCCGUCCGCCAGUCCGUCCGUCUGUUAGUUUGACUUUGGAGCAGUUGUGUCUUUAUCUUGUAUCUUGUUGUCGCAGACAUGAGCGGAAGAGUUGGAGACCUCAGUCCUAAACAGGCUGAGGCACUGGAGCAGUUUCGAGAGAGGAUACAAGACAUUCUUCCUCAACUUCCUGCUCAGCAUGACCACUUCCUGUUACGUUGGCUUAGAGCCAGAAACUUCAAUGUCCAGAAGUCUGAGGCCAUGCUGCGUAAGCAUUUGGAGUUCAGGAAACAGAUAAAAGUAGACACAAUAAUAGCAGAAUGGCGUCCACCGGAGGUGAUAGAGAAGUAUCUGUCCGGAGGGAUGUGUGGUUAUGACCUUGAGGGCAGUCCCAUAUGGUAUGAUGUCAUCGGACCUGUGGAUCCCAAAGGCCUCUUCCUGUCUGCCUCCAAGCAAGACUUCAUCAAGUCCAAGAUCAGAGACUGUGAGGUUCUGCAGCAGGAAUGUAACCUGCAGUCGCAGAGGCUUGGGAGGAACGUGGAGUCAAUAACUAUGAUCUACGACGUUGAAGGUCUGGGUCUGAAACACUUAUGGAAGCCUGCUAUAGAAACAUAUGGAGAGAUCCUCCAGAUGUUUGAAGACAACUACCCAGAGGGCUUGAAAAGGCUGUUUGUCAUUAAAGCCCCCAAACUCUUUCCCGUGGCCUACAACCUCGUCAAGCACUUUCUGAGUGAGAACACAAGACAUAAGAUCUGUAUCCUCGGGGCUAACUGGCAGGAGGUUUUACUGAAGUACAUUGACGCAGAGCAACUGCCGGCGAUAUAUGGGGGUAAACUGACGGAUCCUGAUGGAGACCCUCGCUGUCGGACCAGGAUAAACCAUGUCGGGCCAGUUCCUACCUCCUACUAUGUGCGGGACCAUGUUAAGGUGGACUACGAGCAGUGUAUGACCGUCAGCCGAGGUUCCUCCCAACAGCUGGACUAUGAGAUCCUGUUCCCGGGCUGCGUUCUCAGGUGGCAGUUUGCUACUGAGGGUGCAGACAUUGGUUUCGGGGUGUUUCUGAAGGCUAGAAAGGGUGAAUGGAUGAAGGCAGCUCAGAUGCACGAAGUCGUGCCCAGCCAGCGCUACAACGCCCACUUAGUACCCGAGGAUGGAUCACUGACCUGUGAACGCCCAGGAGUCUAUGUUCUGAGAUUUGACAACACUUACAGCAUCUUCCAGGCAAAAAGAAUCAGCUUUUCUGUUGAGGUCCUGCUCCCUGACCACUUACAGUCCCCACAGACCAACGGGGGGUCCAAAAACAAUGUGCAAGCUGAGGGCAACAGCCAGUCAUAAUCAUGGCACACAAUGUGCCACUUCAAUGUUGCCAGAUCUGUAAUGUUUGGCCGCUGCUAGUAAGCACAGCCUGAGAGACUUUGAACUGUAAAAUGCUGCCAAAAGACAAAAAUGAAAAGUAUUUAACCGUGUGAAAAUCUGAAGGUUUGACCUUUUAAUUAUCUUUAUUGACAUCCUUAUUCACAUGGUGUGUAUUUGGACACAUUUAUGAACAGAAAGUUCACACAUACUAUGGCCAAAAGUUUGUGGGUGUCCACAAACCUUUGCACUAUGCACAUAAAUUGUGCACUUUGGGCCUGAUUUUUCAUGGUUUGGGCUAAACCUCUUCAUUCCAAUUGAUAGAAAUCUCAAUCCUUCAACAUAUAAUGAUAUUUUAGAGCCAUGGCUUUAACCACACCCAACACCUUUGGGUUUAACUCCAACUUUUAGCCAGACCUUAUCACCCAACAUCAGUGUUGGACCUCACUAAUGCUAGGAGCAUGACCAGGGAGAACAAUGUAUGGAUUAAAAAAGACGAUAUUUGUCAGUGUUAUAGUGCUAUGCUUAAGUGAGUGCUGUUUUAAGAUCCUCGCUUUUGUCUUUAACCGUUUUUAGUUUUAUGUAAUGUUUCUCAGGCGAAAUGAUUCAAAUAGGCACCAAGUGAAUCAGGUCAGAGCUACCAUGGCCUGCUUUAAUGGUAUGAAGUGUAAAAUAGGCCACGGGGCCUAUAAAAGUAGCACAAGAGUAACUUUGUUUUUGUUUUCUAUGUAUAAAACAGGAUAAACAUUUUCUAUAUAUGUUUUGUUUCAUAUGGCAUACAUAUCUGCCAUAACAGUCCACAACAGUAUCAGCAUUUCAAUUAAUUUAUAUCAAAACCAUUUUGAGACUCAGAGAAAAAGUGUGUCUCUACCUCUUUUUGCAAUCACGUUUUAUUUGAAAUAAUGGAAAUUUUAUUUGCUACACUUAACAUUCCUUUAAGUCAUACUUACACACAAAAACCUAUGGAAUAAUAUGUUAUAAGUUUCUAAAUUAGGUUUUAUUCAUUAUUUGAAAGCUCUGUUUACAUUCAUUACUCACAGAUUUGCAGGGACCAGUCCUUUAAAUAUUUAUUUAAUUCCUAAUUUAUUUCCAGAAAAUAUAAAUGGGUUAUAAAUACAGUUAUUAUUUUUUAAUAGCAAAGUAUUAAAGUUUCUAUAUAUAAGAUUUUUCAAUAUUCAGUAUUAUAUAAUAAUCAUUUGCAGUGAAUAUAAAUGAAUGUAUAUUACUCUCAUCAGAUAAUUACUGAAUGUAGAU